GCGUGUCUUCAGCUCUCAGCGGCCCACCGACUGCAGGCCGUAGGGAGUGUAAUUGCGACCGCGGCCUCAGGGGGAGGGACCACACGCAGGGAGGGGCGUAGCUGUCACGUGACGAGGAAGUGCCGUUAACCGCGUUGUCCCUGUCGCUCCUGAAUGGCGUAAGACGGGGACGGCGGAGCGAGGAGGAGACUGAAGUUCAGGUUCCGCUGUCAGUGCGGCGUGAGUGACGGGGCCCUGAGCCCAGAAAGUAAAUCGACGGAAUUGGGAGCCGCAGGCCUGGAUGCGGUGGAGCGGAAUUGGGACCUCUGGGCUGCUGGUCUCUGAGCCUGGCUGUGAAAACUUGAUAAUCCGGGGCUCCUCGCUUCAGGACAGCUGAAUGCAGUAUUAGAGUUACUGCUCUUAAAAAGGUUUUAUUCAGGUGAGGAAUACUGUGGUUAUAACUGGACAGCCUCUCUUUUCUGGCUAAAUGACUUUUGUGCCCACGAUCCCAGAGUCUUACAGCCAUGUUCUCGCGGAGCUUGAGUCCCUGGACCCGUUACUUUCAGCUCUGCGGCUGGACUCCAGUCGUCUAAAGUGCACCAGCAUAGCUGUGUCUCGGAAAUGGCUGGCCUUGGGCAGCUCGGGAGGAGGAGUCAAUCUCAUUCAGAAAGAAGGCUGGAAGCACAGGCUUUUUCUCUCGCACCGGGAAGGUUCAAUUUCUCAGGUUGCCUGUUGUUCACAUGAUGACGAUUAUGUUGCUGUAGCUACCAGUCAAGGUCUUGUAGUUGUUUGGGAAUUAAAUCAAGAGCAUCGUGGGAAACCAGAACGAAUUUAUGUGUCUUCAGAACACAAAGGCCGAAAAGUUACAGCUCUCUGUUGGGAUACAGCUGUUCUUAGAAUCUUUGUAGGUGACCAUGUGGGGAAAGUUUCUGCCAUCAAACUCCACACUUCUAAACAAGCAAAGGCAGCUUCUGUCUUUGUGAUGUUUCCUGUUCAGACAAUAACAACAGUCGACUCCUGUGUUGUCCAGCUAGAUUAUUUGGAUGGAAGGCUCCUUGUAUCUUCCCUUACUCGAGCCUUCUUGUGUGACACUGAGAGAGAGAAGUUUUGGAAAAUUGGAAACAAGGAAAGAAAUGGAGAAUAUGGAGCUUGUUUCUUCCCUGGAAGGUGUUCUGGGGGCCAGCAACCUCUAAUAUAUUGUGCUCGUCCUGGCUCCAGGAUGUGGGAAGUGAGCUUUGAUGGGGAAGUUAGAAGUACACAUCAGUUCAAGAAACUCCUCUCGUUGCCACCUCUUCCUGUGAUUACUCCAAGAUCUGAACCUCAGUAUGAUCAUACAGUGGGAUCCUCCCAGUCUUUGUCUUUCCCCAGACUCUUGCAUCUUAGUGAGCAUUGUGUGCUGACUUGGACAGAAAAAGGAAUUUAUAUUUUUAUUCCUCAGAAUGUUCAAGUUCUUCUUUGGAGUGAAGUCAAAGAUAUUCAGGAUGUGGCUGUCUACAAGAAUGAGCUGUUCUGUUUGCACCUGAACGGGAAAGUCUCACAUCUUUCUCUGCUGUCUGUGGAGCGCUGUGUGGAACGUCUGCUAAGGAGAGGUCUGUGGGUUCUGGCUGCUCGCACAUGCUAUCUGUUCCAAAAUUCCAUUGUUGCCAGCAAGGCAAGAAAAACUUUGACUAUAGAUAAAUUGGAGCACUUGAAGUCUCAGCUGGAUCUUGAAACUUAUAGUGAUCUCAUUCCUCAACUGGAUGAAUUGAUAUUGAAAUUUGAACCUUUGGAUUCAGCUUGCAGCAGUAGAAGAAGCUCUAUUUCAUCACAUGAGAGUUUCAGCAUCUUGGACUCUGGUAUUUAUCGUAUCAUUAGUAGUAGAAGAGGCAGUCAGUCAGAUGAAGAUUCUUGCUCCCUUCACAGCCAAACCUUCUCGGAAGAUGAGAGACUUAAAGAAUUCACCUCACAUCCAGAAGAGGACCAGCCAGACAAUGUUUCUCAUGUUCCAGUGACGUUUGAGACAGAUAAGAAUGAAACUUUUCUCCCCUUCGGCAUUCCAUUACCAUUUCGUUCUCCAUCUCCUCUUGUAUCUCUUCAGGCUGUCAAAGACAGUGUUUCUAGCUUUGUGCGUAAAACUACUGAGAAGAUUGGUACCCUUCACACAAGUCCUGAGCUAAAAGUGAGACCAGAACCCAGGGAUGAAGAUCAGUCUUGCGAAGAGGAAGUGAGUUCAGUUACAUGCCCACAGGAAGAAGUCACUGAGGAGAAAAAAGAAGUAAUUAGUCAACCCCCAAAAGAAGACAGGUUCCAAGAGCUCACAGCAGCAACAGCAGAAGCAAUGACCAAGCUACUGGACCCUUUGGUUUUGUUUGAACCCCAGUCUCUGAGAGUGGUUUUACAAGAGUGGCUUUCACACUUAGAAAGGACAUUUGCCAUGAGAGACUCUCCAGGCACUUCAGAUACUGGCAACUCACUUGUGAAACUGAACCAAGAUGAGUCAAAAAAGAGAAUAGUGGGUGAAGAUAAUGAAGGAGAAAAAAGGGACUCUUUAGACAAUGAAGAAACUGUUGACCCAACAGCGUGUGAAUCCAUAAAUAGUCCAAGGGAGCCCUCGGAUGAUGACCUUUUCCAAGUGUGUUCCCCAUGCGCCAUACCAACCAGUCUUCAGAAGGACCUGGCUGAGUUGACAGCAUUGUGUUUGGAAUUGAACGUUUUGAAUUCUGCUAUCAAAAGCACGGAUGGACAUGCAGACCAUACUUUGCAACAGUGUUCACCUGAAAUUCUGGCUUGUCAGUUUGUAAAGAAGUACUUUUUUCUCCUGGAUUUGAAAAGAACAAAAGAGAGUAUCAAGCUUAGUUAUACUAGCAGCUCCCGUAUUUGGGAUACUUUCAUUGAAGGAUUGAAAGAAAUGGCCAGUUCUAACCCUACUUAUAUGGAGAUGGGAGAAGGAGACCUACCAACAAGAUUAAAGUUAUUGGAUGACUCCAUUCCUUUUGAUAGUCCUUUGUUGAUUGCUUAUGCCACCCGGUUAUAUGAGAAGUUUGGAGAAUCUGCCCUUCGAUCCUUGAUCAGGUUUUAUCCAUCCAUUUUGCCUUCAGACAUCAUACAACUUUGUCGUCAUCAUCCAGCUCAGUUUCUGGCCUAUUUAGAUAGUUUGGUGAAAUCAAGACCUGAAGACCAGCGGUCAUCUUUCCUAGAGUCCCUUCUGCAACCAGAGUCCUUAAGAUUAGAUUGGCUACUUUUGGCAGUGUCCCAUGAUGCUCCACCAAGCACCAGUACUGUGGAUGAUGAAGGGUACCCCAGGCCUCAUUCGCACUUGUUCUCCUGGGGUUACAGUCAACUGAUCCUUUAUCUAAUUAAACUUCCUGCAGAUUUUACAACCAAAGAGAAAAUGACAGACAUCUGUAAGUCUUGUGGUUUCUGGCCUGGAUAUCUAACUCUGUGCUGGGAGCUGGAGAGAAGAAGAGAGGCGUUUGCCAACAUCGUGUAUCUGAAUGAUAUGAGCCUGAUGUCAGGGGACAAUGGGAUCAAACUCGAGUCCUUGCAGUUGCACAGCAGGCGGCGAAACCACUGAGCUAAAUUCCUGGCCCUGAUGCUUUUUAUUUUUAAAUUUCCAUCAAUUUAACACUGAUGAGGGGCAGGACUUUGAUGCACUGGUAGCUGAAGCCUGAGAGUCCGCGCUGCCCUCAGAGAGGUGUCGUUGGCCAGUGUCACAGUGUGGCUGGAUUCUUCUCCAUGCACAGGUGCCAACAGCAUGCCCUCGGAGUCCCUCGCCUAUCACAGAAAGACCCGGGGUCCCUCCCUGCAGCCUUCCUCAGCCCUUUGGUAUGGGAGAGGGAAGAUCAGACAGAGUUAGACAAGAGCCAGCUGACUGGUGAGGGUCAGCUCCAGAGAUCUCUGUGUUACAGAACGUUUUGAAGGACUAGAACCAUAGAUAUACAUAGUCUCCUGAAAAGUAACCAAGGAAGAUAUAAAUGGUUUGUAUUUUGAAAGUCAUAGCAUAUGUUUGCUAUGGAAAAAAUGAAAAAUUCAGGAAACAUAAUGAAAAUAGAUAUCAGCUAAAGUCUUCGUCACCCAGAUAAAAGUACUUGUAAUAAGGCCGGGGAUUUAGCUCAGUGGUUCUGCCGCCUGCCUCACAAGCACAAGGUCUUGAGUUUGAUCCCUGGUACAAAAAAAAAAGAGUUAUUCUUACCCGUGAUGUAUUAAAUAGGGGACUUCUCUUGAUACUUCUGUCUCUAAAUGAGGAGCAUAUUGAUUUUAUUGCCAAAUAUAUCUCCUAUCUCUUUCUUUCACUCUGCCACCCAUCACCCUGAUCCUAGCUACUUGCCUAGACUACUGAGCCACCUCAUAACUGGAUACCUGGCUUCCACGCUUGCCCAACUAUUUUCCUCACAGUAGUCAGAAUGGUUCUUUUAAACAAAACUUAAAUUAUGUGGCUUCCCUUGUCGAAACCCCUUGUGUUGAACUCAGAACAAAAUUGAGAUUCUUAACCUGGUGCUCAAGGACUGGCCCUGUCAUCUCAUGCUGGCUGCUUCCUACUCCCUUUAUGCACUACAGGCUGAACCAGUUCCUUGAACUCACUAAGUUCUUUCCUUCUGCAUUCUUGAUACUCCCUGCUCCAGUGUAUCCAUUCUGUGGGCCACAUCCCCAUCUUCUCCGAGCAGUUUUCAGUUUUUUGCUUAAAUGCCAUCCCUUAUAGAGCUUUUCUCAGGUCUUAUAAACAAAAACAGCUAUUCUCUCUCUCUUAUUUUUAUUCUUUUCUUUCAUAGUAUAGUUUUAGCACAGUUUGUAAGUAUAUAUUUAUUCAGAUGUUUAAAUUGUUACUAGACUGUAGAAUGUCGGGAUUGUGUUUGUUUUGUUCAUCAUUGCAAAACCAGUUCCCUUCACAGAGUAUGCUAUUGGUUUUUACUUGGUGAGUGAGUGUAAGAAUUUUAUGAUUUUUGUGUAUUCUGAACUAUUUAUUCAUUAGAUGUUUAGAAAGCUUUGUGUUAAGACAGUGAGAUUGUUGUAAAGAUAUUUUUUAGGUUUCGGUAUUAAAUGUUUUCCUAGUUUUGACUACCUGUGUGCGGGCAGUAGCUUAGAGUGGUAAUGGUAUCACAGGCCUAUCUUCCUAGCUAUUUGGGAGGUGAAGGCAGUAAGAUCACAAGUUCAAGGCCAGCCCGGGCAACUUAGUGAGAUAACAUCAUAAAAUCUUAAAAAAAAAAUUUUUUUUGGUAUCAGAGAUUGAACUCAGACCUUGCUCUUGCAAAACAGGUGCCGAAACCACU